CCUAGUUUUGGCUAAGUAUCUUUCCCUCAUAUUAUAGAAGGAUGUCGAGGAUGGAAUUUAUGUGGUAUUUGUUUUCAGUUCUGACACUGGUAGCCAACUGCCAUGGAAUAGUGUCCCCGGAGGAAUUCAUGAAAACUGCCUUCAACAUUAAAUCUACCGCGGAGUUCUUCAACAACUGGGUCAGAUUGAAUGGGUCUCGAAUCAACAUCACCAGUCUGCAAGGUCAAAAUGGAGAGGAGGGUGAGAAGAUGUUAGUCGGAGGAGAGGAGUUGAUGAUGGCGGUGUAUGACCCGUGUACUCCUCGCCCGGCUACUCAAUAUUUUGGGAUGGAAAACCCCGAUCCUUAUGUCAUGUACUGGCCUCCAUGUACCCGGACAAACAAGUGUGGCGGCUGCUGCACCAACAGUAUGAUGGCAUGUGUACCCGUUCAAAUAUCAAGCACAUCUGUACAGACGGCGAAGACUCGUCUUCCGAGCCCGGGAUCACCAUUUUUCGAAUUCAUUGGCAUGGAGACCCAGUUGGUGGAGGAACACAUUUCGUGCGAGCCUCGGUGUGCAGUCCAUCCUGAUGACUGUAAUAUGUUGCAGGAGUUCUCAGAGCUCGACUGUAAAUGUUUAUGCAGAAAUGAGCAGACGUGUCAUUCCAGAGAGCAGUUCUUCGACGACACCCUCUGCCAAUGUCGAUGCAAAACGGAGAUGAAGUGUUUCGGUGCCCACAUUAUUUUUGAUCAUGAUUUUUGCAGGUGCCGUAUGAUGACGGUAAACGAGAUCAAUCAGGUCCUAUUGGCUGGAGGUUUGACUUCAGAGGAGCUGCAAGAAAUCAUGACUGCAAACCAAGUCAAGAGUACUGUGUCGAAGACCACUUAUAUUACUAACUCCACCACCGCGACAACACAUCAGCCUUCAACAACGAAAUCGACGACCACCACAACCACACCACCGCCUACCACCACGCCCACUCCAACAACGACGACCACCACAACAACAACUCCAACCAGCCAAGCUCCAACCACUACAACCACCAUCAGACCUCUCAGUCCCGCGGAAGCGUGCGCCCGUGUCCCGUGCACAGUAAACAAGUCGCCGGUAUUGCUUUCGAACGGCCUGUGUCACUGUAUGCUGAAGUUUUCCUUCAGUUUGCACCAUUUGGGUGGCUUGAGGUACCGCCGAGAGGUGCUCCGAAGGCGGAGGGCCGCGCGGCCACAUCAUUAGAUCAUGCCGCUGUCGUUGUGCUCAAUGACUUUUGUGUAUAUAUAAUAUACAUUCCAUGGACAGAUAUACAUAUUUGAAUCCGACAGAACCUUUAUAGAGAGUCGUGUUGGUAUCUAAGAGGCUGUGAUUUUCUAAAUCAUUACACGUAUUACUAUAAAUACUUUGACCUGAACUAUGCCUGGUAAUUAUAGUAAGGCGUUCUCAACCUUGCUACCAGUGUUUGCUUGUUUGUUUAUUGUCUUUGUGGAUUUGUGAAUGAUUUUUUUUUUUUAUUAAAUGUAAAUUAUAGUAUAAAUUUUCCGUUAUUUUAUUCUAUUGUAAUAAUACAAACAUAGAAAGUGGAGCUCUUUCACAAUCUCUCCCAGGGUUCUUUGCGUCUUGCUUAAUUCAUUGUAGCACAAGAACCCUGUUUCGAGAAUGGAAUGCACAGUGAGGAAGCAGGCAAAUGGGACGUAGCAGUCAUUUGUGACUAAGUACAGCAGUCAUGCGCAUCUCUUAACGGUUUGGUGAACGCACAUAGUCACAUGUACUAACGCAUCACCUUCUGUUACUCUUAUAAUGGUCAAACAUGCUCGUACGCAGGAACAUGUGCCAGUCGCACGACCAGUUAUAUUUUUCGACAAAGAAAACAAAUAUCGCUGGAAAAUGGAUCGAAUAUAUAGGCAUUGAGCGAUUGUA